AUGGUGGGUCGGUGUGUAGAGGAGGAAAUGGAUGUGAGAAAUGUGUGGAAGCAGAACAAAGAGAUCUGGCUCCUGAUUGGGGAUGGGAAGGAUGAGGUCUACAUCAUCAAAGUUACUUGGUCCAGUGGUUCCACUGAAGCCAUUUAUCGACGGUACAGCAAGUUCUUUGACCUACAGAUGCAAAUGUUGGACAAAUUUCCUAUGGAAGGAGGUCAGAAGGACCCAAAGCAGAGGAUUAUUCCCUUUCUGCCAGGCAAAAUUCUCUUCAGACGAAGCCACAUCAGAGACGUAGCUGUCAAACGUCUGAUUCCCAUUGAUGAAUACUGUAAGGCCCUGAUCCGGUUGCCACCCUACAUUUCUCAGUGUGAUGAAGUACUUCAAUUCUUUGAAACAAGACCUGAAGAUCUGAAUCCUCCUAAAGAGGAACAUAUUGGAAAGAAGAAAUCUGGAGGAGACUCAGCCUCAGUAGAUCCAAUGGUCCUGGAACAAUAUGUGGUGGUGGCAGAUUACCAGAAACAGGAAAGUUCAGAGAUCAGCCUGUGUGUGGGCCAGGUGGUAGACAUCAUUGAGAAGAAUGAAUCAGGUUGGUGGUUUGUAAGCACUGCUGAUGAGCAGGGCUGGGUCCCUGCAACUUGUCUGGAAGGUCAGGAUGGUGGCCAGGAUGAGUUUUCUCUGCAACCUGAAGAAGUCUCUUGGAGAUACUGGUCUUUGCCCCGGCACGUGGGUCGCCGUCGGACACUUGGGGACUUGUACACCAUUGGAUGGGGUCAAGAGGAGAAAUAUACCGUCAUUUACCCAUAUACUGCUCGAGACCAGGAUGAAAUUAACUUGGAGAGAGGGGCUAUGGUUGAAGUUAUCCAGAAAAACCUAGAGGGCUGGUGGAAAAUCAGAUUUCAAGGUAAAGAGGGCUGGGCCCCUGCCUCCUACCUGAAAAAAGGCAGUGGAGAGCUAUUUGCUCAGAAGCUAAGCUCUGGGUCACCAGCUCAUUCAUGUACUGUCGAUGUAGAUGGCAUUUCCCGGCAGCAGAACUCAGGAAGCAGAGAAAAGGAUAUACUCAACAACCAGAGAGAUGGGAGGUUUGAAAGCCGCCCAGGGCUAGAUGGUGACAUCAAGCAAAGAUCUCCAAAGAUGAGGCAGAGACCCCCUCCUCGACGAGACAUGACCAUACCUCGAGGUCUGAACCUGCCAAAACCCCCUAUCCCACCCCAAGUAGAAGAGGAAUAUUAUACCAUUGCUGAGUUCCAGACAACUAUUCCGGAUGGAAUCAGUUUCCAAGCAGGACUGAAAGUUGAGGUGAUUGAGAAGAACCUAAGUGGCUGGUGGUAUAUCCAAAUUGAUGAUAAGGAAGGCUGGGCCCCAGCAACAUUCAUUGACAAGUACAAGAAAACAAGCAAUGCCUCAAGACCUAACUUCUUAGCCCCAUUGCCUAAUGAAAUGACACAGCUGCGCCUGGGGGAGGCCAUGGUAGAAAACAACACAAGCCACGAAGCAACUGGCCCCUCUCGGCCUUUACCUGAAGCACCGCACAAUGGCAUGGACUGUGGCAUGCCUUGGUCCAAAGAAUGGAAGGGGAAAGAGGGCCAUCGGAAUGUCUCUUUAGAUAUGGCUGCAUCAGCUGGGUAUGAGGAAAUCUCUGACCCAGACAUGGAGGAGAAGCCCAGCCUCCCACCACGUAAGGAGUCCAUCAUCAAAUCAGAGGGGGAACUGCAAGAGAGAGAGCGACAGCGGAUGGAGCAGCUCAGAGGGUCCCCCAAGCCCCCUGGAAUGAUUCUGCCCAUGAUUCCACCAAAACACAUGCCCCCGCCGAGGGACAACAAGAAAACAGAGCUGAAAUCAGAGAAAGGCAAACUAUUUCAGCAAAAAAAUGAGAUGGGGCUUGAGUGUGGGCACAAAGUACUCGCCAAAGAGGUAAAGAAGCCAAACCUCCGUCCCAUCAUCAAGCCCAAAACUGAACUGCCUGAAGAUAAACCUGAGUCUUUUGCCCAGAACCCCUUCUUGAAGUCUAAACCUCAGGUUAGACCAAAACCAGCUUCUUCCCACCGGACAGAGCCACCUCAAGCUGAGGACAGGUUGGAUAUCUGCAACCUUCGGAGCAAGCUCCGACCUGCUAAGUCUCAGGAGAAGUCGUCAGAAGAAGAGAAUCACCACCUAAGUGGAGCUCAUGAUGUCUCCUUCAGCAACAGUUUGCUUUCAGGGGAAGCUUCUUGCAGGCCUCUGGAGCGAGCCACAGUAGACACCAAGCUCACAACUAAACAGGACAGUCUCACAUCAAAGGACAUUUCCUCGAAAGUCCCCCCAAGGCCAGCCAAGACGACCGAUCCUAUGCCCAAGAGUAGUCCUACCACUUCCAAAGAGUCACCACAGCAGAGACCAGUAGUACCUCCUCGGAGGCCACCACCUCCCAAGAAAGCCUCCUCCUCUUCCAGGCCCCUUCCUGAGACCAAAGUGCCAUAUCGAGAGGCGAACGAGGUCAAGACUGCUCCAGCUCUUGGCCGACCCAUGCUUGUCCCUCCAAAGGCCAAACCUUUCCUGCCUGGUACAGGAGGCCAAGAAGAGGUCAAAGCAAAAAGUGGGCUCGGGCCAAAAGCAGCAACCAAGCUAGGAGAAGCAAGGGAGAAACCAAUUACUGCACCUUUCUCCACUGCAGAAGUCCCCAAAGAUACAUUAUAUGUGGCUAUGGCCAACUUUGAAGGGGAUGAGGAGACCAGUGGCUUCCAGGAGGGGACUGUGUUUGAAGUACGUGAAAAGAAUAGCAGUGGCUGGUGGUUCUGUCAGGUUCUAAGUGGAGCGCCUUCUUGGGAAGGCUGGAUUCCUUCCAACUAUCUAAGAAAGAAGCCAUAGUUCUCAUUGCCCUUGUAGGAGCUGUCCCUCCACUAUCUCCAUUGGUUUCACCUGGGUAUUUAAUUAGCUUCUUAACUUAUCAUU